GGUUCAGUCGCGCCACACUCCUCGCCUCGGUAGGACCUUGAGCACGUGGGCGAAUAUUCUGAAUACGCGACGCGCAAGCACGAAGUCUCGUGUGGCGUCACAUCGCAGUUCGAGUGAGAGAUACUGUGUCGACUGUGCAGUGAAGUUUUAUUUUUAAGACAUGUGAUUGGUUAAAGUGCUUCAAAGUCCGGCGACAUGUGAACUGACUAAUAAGUACUGACCUUGGAUUACUUUUUUAGCAAGGAUACAUGUUCUCAAUAACGUGUCACUAGCGGCGGCGGAUGGCGGCCGCACUCGCCCUAACGCUUCUCGCCGCGCUUCUCUCGCCCGCUGGUACUGCCGAGCGGGCGCGGCGCUCAGCGGGCGAGGCGGCCGCUGCGGAAAUACAUCAGAAUGUACCAGAUAUCCCACAUACGGAAAUGUCUCAAGCAGAGAUAGACGCAGCGGCUCAGGCUGAAGCCGAAGCAGCAGGAGUACCAGCUUGGCGGGACCUCUGGUAUUCCUCUUUGGAGGCCCUGAGACGGGAACCAACUAUAAACAAUACUCAAGAAGACAUUCUGGUUCAGCUCGGUGGUGUGGCUUUUCUUCAUUGUCCCGUGCGAAAUCUUGGUGAAAGAGGCGUAUCAUGGGUUCGAAGACGUGAUUGGCAUAUCAUCAGUUCUGGUGUUUUCAUGUACACUAAUGAUGAGAGAUUUCAGGUUCUGCACAGCGAAGGCUCAGACGACUGGAUAUUGCAGAUAAAAUACGUACAGAAACGUGACAACGGAACUUAUGAGUGUCAGGUUUCAACAGGGUCGGGGACCCUCUCACGCCUCGUGCACCUACACAUAGUUGUGCCCGAGGCGUUUAUACUCGGUGCAGACGAGUACCACGUCGAUGCAGGUUCCACGAUCAAUCUCGUCUGUAUUAUUGAAAAGAGUCCAGUACCGCCACAAUACGUGUUCUGGUACCACAACGCGCGCAUGAUUAACUACGACGCGGCGCGCGGCGUGACGGUCGCGACUGCGCCGGGCGCUCGCACUCAAUCCGCGCUCGCGAUUCGUUCCGCCGCGCCUGCGCACUCCGGGAACUACUCCUGUCGCGCCGCCAACACAGAGCCUGCACACAUCUAUGUAUACGUCUCAGAAGGCAGUGACAAGAUGGCCGCCACUUUGAGCCGCAACGCCAGUAACACCCUAAGUUACUGGCUGGUGCUGUUGAUCACAUGCUCGUACGCUGUCCUGCGGAGUCACAGCACGCUAUAGUCGCGAUAAAAUUGUCCAUCCGAACGUAUACUAUACAAAAGAUAACAUUCCUUCAGAUUAUAUAAUUAAAAACAACUAGAUUUAAUGAUAUACUUGCAUACUUUGAGUUGAAGAGAUUUUUAUAUAAGAUGAAGAUGUGGAAAUGUUAGUGUAAUUAUAAAAUCUGGAAAGAAAUUAUAUAUAAGCGUGCAAAAAAUGUUAAAUCAAGACGUUAUGAGAAGAUAUAUUUGUUUCCCAAACCACACACAUAUGCCGACGGUUAUAUUUAAAUUUACGUAUCUUUUGAAACUCCGUAGAAUAUUUGCUUUAUUUUAUCGAAACAACUGUCGAAAUAUGUACGAAAAAAAUAUUAAAACUUUUUCACUUAUAAACGAUUCGGAUUAUAUAAGGAGUAGUUGUAUACAGUAUUGCAUUUGUAUAUUAUAGAAAUAUUUAAUUUUCCGAUCACAUUACAGUCUUACAAAGAUAAAAAAAAAAAACUAUAUUUACAGCGAGUUCAUGGAAAAUAAAAUUCGUCUCCUGUUUCCGCGUAAUGCGUGUGACAAUAUUUUCACAUGAGGUUAACGGAUCAAUUACCUCGGUCAGAAAUAUAUUCAAAACUAUUGUAUGAACGCAGACAAAUCUGUCUGUUGUCUGACCGGAAUUAUUUGAACUAAUAAAUUAAAUUUGUGUUCAAAUAUUUUAAUGUUUUUUAUUUAUUCCAACAUAUGAACAAUUAUAAUAUAUAUAUUAAGAAUUAAUUGCUCAAAGCAAAUAAAAUAUUAUUGUAUACUCUCAAUAAUUGUACAAAAUUUUGAUGAUAUAAUAACAUUUAAUGAAGAAUUGUAAAAUUAUACUAAGUUUUGUUGUUCGUUUAAUAUUUCUCUACGCACCUCGUAUGUAUAAGGGACAGGACGCACUUGCGCGUUCUAGCGAAGCGGCAGCACGGAUACCCUCCGAGUACCCGAAGGCCGGGUACAUGCCAACCUACGUGCAGAUGCUCAAUAAAUCGUGUAGAUUUUCAAUUCUGAUUUAUAUUAUACUCGUACUUGUUUCUGCGCGCCAUUGUUUGCUCUUAAAGUCAAAUGCAAAGUUAAGUCCAAAUUAUUCAGAUAAUUUACUUUAGAUUUUCUUUUAAUGUAUGUAAUAUAAUCGAUUGUUUAACGGUAAAAAAUAUGUUGAGUACUGCACUUAGCUAAGUGUGUGCCAGUCCUAAAGCUGCAUGCACACCUGUAUGGCAAGAAAAUAGCUGCACUUUUAGUAAUAUACUUCCCAGGCGCAAAUCGAUCAGGUGUGACGACAGGUGCGUCCGGUCCCUAAUAAUGAAAUGGCUCAAAUGGUUUUUGUGUAAAUAAUAUAAAAUAAUCUGCACUUGGUAACUGUAAAAUAUUAAUAUCUCAACGUUUGUAAUCUGAUACAGUUACGGAACUGAGUUCUAAUGUAAGAUAACAUUCUCCCUUAGAAUUAAAACGAUGAUUCUGUUUA